UAGAGCAACACUGGUCGCACUAUAGCACACUCUUUUCACUGGUAAUAAUGUUUAGUAGAUAAAUACCAGCACUGGACAUGGAAUUCACGUUUACUGACACAUUUUAUGGGUUUCUGUUUAGCGCCCUACACCUGACACCCCUUGAGAAUGGUACACUCCGCACGUUAAUCUCCAAAACAAAAAUGGCACGAGAACUAACUGGUUGACGUUUACCAUAAAGUGUUGUGUUCGUAUCAAAACCGAAACUUAACCACGGUGUAGCUGAUACAAAACUCUGUGUGAGGUUAUAGGAAUAGAAAAACGAACCGUUGUACCCCUCGGUGUCAUUCAGGCAUGGUAAUGCAAAUGUCAGCUCUAUUUUCAUACAUCAGAGCCCUCCCGCGCACCACUGGCCCUCUGACCCGUGUCCGUGCUGGCUUCCAGGGAGCCGGUGUCAAGUUCAAACACAUUUUAACCCCUGGAGGGCCCCAGCUGGGAGCGAAGCCAGCAAUAAGUCUUUUCCGCGGCCAUAUUAACACUGCCUUCCGAGCUGAAAAGUUUUCAACAACGGCAGCAGUACUUUGGAAGUCCAGCCAAGGGAACGGUUUCUCCUCACUACGGGGGACCAGAGGCUGGCUGGGCAAGGUCGCCUGCGGUGCCGCUCUUGGAGUUAGCACAGUUGCUCUGAUACAGGCUCUCCACACCGGGACCCUGACCGCCAUGGCCCUCAAAGUUGACCUGAACUCCGCUGAGGGAGACUGGAAGGAGACCAGGGAGGUCUUGCUGUCUCUGUCUGUGAAGGACAGGCGUCAGUACUACAGGACUUCUAACUCUGUGCCACUGGACGACAUCCCAGUGUGGACUCCCACUGCAGGUGGUUCUGAGCCAGUUCGCUACCAGAGGAAUGAAAAGCUGGACCAAAAGAUUUCUCUCUACAGCGGCGACAUCACCAAGUUGGAGAUAGAUGCUAUUGUUAAUGCAGCCAACAAGACUUUGCUCGGCGGAGGUGGAGUGGACGGAGCCAUCCACCGCAUCGCAGGUCCAAUGCUAAAAAAGGAGUGUGCUUCUCUGCACGGCUGUGAGACCGGAGAGGCCAAGAUCACCUGCGGCUACGGCCUUCCAGCAAAAUACGUGAUUCACACAGUGGGGCCGAUUGCACAUGGGGGAGUGGGAGAGGAGGAGAAGAAGGCUCUGAGGUCGUGCUACAAGAACAGCCUGAAAACAGCCACUGAAAAUGCUGCACGUUCUGUGGCUUUCCCUUGCAUCUCCACUGGAGUCUACGGAUAUCCACCUGAGCAGGCUGUGCACGAGGCGUUAUCAACUGUGAGGGAGUAUCUGGAUGCACAUCAUGAGAAGCUGGACAGAGUUAUCUUCUGUGUGUUUUUACCGACGGAUAAGGAGCUAUAUCUGCAGAACCUCCCGCUCUACUUCCCUGCUGCUCCCACAGAGUCCACUGUCAAGAGUAAACUCUGAGAGAGUGGAUUUGUCCGAUUUGGUUGCUGUGGAUACACAUCGCUACGCUCAGCAUCCAGA